AUGUCCGGCGCUAAAAUCGAUAAUGACAACAAUAUCAACUCUCAGUUAACAUCCCACAAUGAUUGGAAUCCAGUAGAUACCAGAGUCUUCGACGUAUACAUGAAUAAGGAAUCAUCACAGAAUUUAAAAUUAUUAGAUAUCUUUUCUGAUGAAAUUAAAGUUAAAAAUAUCGAUGAUAAUGACGACGCCUUGGAAUUGCUAAACACUGGGUUAGGAAAAAGAUCAAAAUCGAUAAAAAGACACCUUUUCAAACAUGUUAAUAAACAAAAAUUUACUAGAAAUUCAGGUCCUCCUACAAAAUUACCUUAUUUAGAUAGUACCAAUCUAAUCGAUUCAAAUAAACAGAAAAAAAGAACGCCGUCUACCUCUCCGAGGAAUCUAUAUAAUAUGAAAGAUGGAUGUGAUAAAUGGACUACAGAAGUGGAAACUGCCUUCUUAGAUUCAUUAAGACUAAUCAUGAAAAAUGGUACUUCAAAAAUUAAACUGAAAGAAAGAAAUUAUGGUAGAAAUGAACUGAUUUCGCUGUAUAUAAAAUACCACACAAAUGAAACUAGAACAAAGAAACAAAUUUCGUCUCAUAUUCAAGUUUGGAAAAAAUCAAUAAUAACAAAAUUAUCAAAUAAUAAUGAAUUGUCACCCUUAGAAAUAGAAUUGUUGCAAUUGAUAGAAAAUGGAGCUCCCCAGGAUUCCAAAACAAUGCAAGCCUUUAAUCACGUCUUUGAAGAUAUCAUAAGUAGACACAUUCAAGAAGAGGAAGAAGGAGGGAAUGGAUUUAUAGCAGAUCAUGAAAUGUCCAAGUCUGCAACUUCUGGAGCUCAAAAUAUAGAAAUUGUACCAAAGAAAGAAUACAUGGAUUAUCCUACAUUAAUAACACCACAUUCAACAACGACAGGUAAUAAUCCAGCAACAAAUCAUUUCCAAGAUCUGCAAGAUGAAUCUCUGUUGCGUCAUCCACACUUACCUUCUCAACCUUUAAAUCCAAACUCUUUCCCAAUCACUCCUCUAGAUUAUGCCAAAUCUGUUUAUGAAAAUUUGAAAAGUUACAAAUGCGUUCCUGUGAAGGUUCCUGAUAGUAUUUCCUCACCCAAUGUGAAAGGCUCCUACAAUAACCUAACUAACAGGGAAGAAUCUGCGUUGCAAUCCGCCAAAAAUGUUAAAUUACAACAAAAGCAACUCAUAGGUGUUUUGAAUGCCCAGGCUAAGAAUAUCAAUGGAAGUAUGUCCUCAAUGGCACAAACUUUCCAAGAUAAUAAUCAGGCAACUGUAAUAUCAAAUGAUCAACAAAAUGCCUACUAUCAGUCAGUGUAUCGAACACAAAUUCCAAAUGUGGCAUGUUCUCAGUCGCCAUUCGUGUCCCAAUUUCCGGUACCUAACCAAUUUCAAUCUCCACAAGAACAACAGUUCCUUCUGGCACAACAACAUCAAAAUCAACAAAUUCAAGACAUUCAAUAUGCAAUGGCUAUGCAAUCACAGCAAUAUCCUUAUGCCCCUCAUCUCUAUCCCGCACACUUUUCUCAAUACGCACAAGGUCAACCGCAAUAUUUGCCACAACAGCAUCCCCAAUCGCAGACCCAACAACAUGCAUACGACCAAGAAAAUGCAUCUUUUAUUACUUCGUCCAAAAAUACUACUACAACAACUAAUAAUAAUGGCUAUAAUUGA